AUGAGCAAUACUACUCAAGAGGAGACUGCAAUUCUCUUCCAGGACACAAAUAUAUAUCUCCUCGACAUCCCGCAUUCCAUUGCGCUCGCGCAAGAAGGGAGGGCAACACCACACCAACAACCAGCCCCAGAAUCAAGUCCAGGAACAGAAAAGAACACACACAGGAAGAUACUGAACCUACUUUCAUGCUCACCUAUAAAAGAGCCAUUCCCUUCUACCGAGCCCAAAAAACCAGCUGCUCUCGCGAAGGUCCUCGACACCAUUCCUAUCUCCGAGAGGCGGUUCCACUCGGAACUGAUACUGCCACUCGUGAGGGAUUCUCUCGAAACUAUCAAGGCUGGGUUUUCCCGUGAUCGCCGAUGGUGUGAGGCUCGAGCUGUGCCUAGUGAUACUGAAUCUCAUAGUAGAGCGCCGAAUCAGCAUCCACGGAAGCGGCGGAGGGGAAACGAUUAUACGUGCUUAGAGUCUGCACCGGACGACCAUGUUUCGACAAAAAAUGACCCACCAAUGAUUCUAUCGACUACCUCGCCCAAUGACUUCGAAUCUUUAUCAGAUCUUGCAAUUGUCAAGAAUCCAUCACCAGAGCCCGCAAUCAUCAGGGUUGGAAGCUGGCAGGGUGAUGAAUCGAAUUCUCCGUGUGAAUACAUGGUCCCACCUAAGUCGAGCUUUGUGCUUUGUACACUGCCUCUAUUCCAAACUGAAGUCGACCGUCCAUCUACAUCAAAUAACUAUCCUAUCCCCGGACUCCCGGAGCACCAAAAGUUCAAUCUCAUCCUCAUGGACCCGCCCUGGCCAAACAAAUCCGUGCGACGCAGCAGACACUACCAAACACAUCACUAUUCCGAGAUGGAUAUGCUUACCGAAGGAUUACGAGAUAUACUCCGUGUACACUCGCACGACCCCACAACAAGACAGGGGCUACGUCCAUCAGAAUCUCACACCGGCUCCCCAAUCCAAAGCGAACAGUCUAUAGCUGCUAUAUGGAUCACGAAUGCGGAAAAAGCCCGACGAGCAGCAUACAAGGCCUUGAGCGGGGCUGGCUUUUGCAUCUGCGAGGAAUGGAUCUGGGUCAAGACUACGUGGGACGGACAACCGAUCUCAGCACUGGACGGUCUCUGGCGAAAACCGUAUGAGAUCCUUGUCAUUGGCCGCAAGAGUGGCCUUAAUGUCAAUGUCAACGUCAACGCUAACGCCAAUAACGCACCACCCCUGUCUCAAAUGGAUGACCUGACGCGCAUGAGUGAGGCUAUUACCACGAGACGGGUCAUCGCUGCGGUUCCAGACUUGCAUUCUCGUAAACCAAGCCUGAAAUCUAUUUUUGAGAAAGUGUUUUUCACCGAGGCUGGUCAACUCCAGGAGUAUUCUGCCCUCGAGGUGUUUGCACGCAACUUGACGGCUGGUUGGUGGGCUGCUGGUAAUGAAGUCCUCCGGUUCAAUGCCAGUGAGUGCUGGGUUGAUAAUAGGAGGCAGAGGGAUACAGACUAUGCAUGA